GUGUAUGAGCGCAAAACAAAAGAUUGUGCACGGUCGUGGACCUUCCAACAUAAAUCUUGACAUCUUUGUGUGGUCCUUUGAUAAUUGCCGGGCUCCAUAACCAGUCCUCUCUAUUAACUAAGAUCAGUUUCACCACUCAGAACCACAUCCUGUCUACAAUAUCAGAUGCACUCAAGUCCGUUGCGCUUCGUGAGCAAAGAACGUUCUUCCUGUGGUUUUCCACCCUGCUUGGGUUGGUUAUACUCUCUCAAUUUCUUAGUAAGUGAUAAAACUUAAAAAUUAACCUGAAAAGAUAUGAAAAAGGAAUUCCUUUUUACGAUGGACUUCUCUCAGUUCAAAGCACUUUGACCCAUCCUUUGCCUUUUGUUAUCUCGAAAUUAGAAACAUACGUAAGUCAAUGCAGGCUGAACUAAGCUUAUUGCUUACGUUGUCCGUUCUUUAAUGAGGUCCUUAAAGUUUCUGAAUAAAUUUUAAAAAAAAUGAUCCGCAUUCCUGUCGAACGUAACCUAACUUUCCGCAAGAGAAACUCGUAGAAAAUAAUAUUUACUGGUAUAAGUACAAGAUAUGGGAAUAUCAUUCAGCGGUGAAUUAGGCGAAAACGAACGUCAAGGCAACGUAAAUGUGAUUCGUGAACUCUAUUCUCUGGAGCGGAAAGUCUACCACAAGCUUGAAGAACAAGCAUCGAAACUCUACAUAAACGCGCACCAUGACGAAUGUUUGCCGAUUGUUUGUGCAGUGGACAAGAAACAGAAGAUAUUACUGAACGUGGAUUCGGUGUCCAGUGACGAGGUUACAACGAAAAUAAAUGAAAUUCUUCAUGGAGAUUACCUUGAAGAACUCAUCAAGUUACUCGCGGAGAAAUUGAACAGUACCCUGGGAACCACAACAGCCGGUGAGGAAGAAAGCUUGUAUACGCAUGUUGUAUUCGCCAAUAAGAGUGUCCUUCGCAUCGAUUUGUUUGUUUAUCAUCGUCGGUUUAGACACACUGAAAAGCUCAGCGAGUAUAAUAACAUUCUGGCCUAUUUUGUGCAAGUCGGAUUAGUGGAAAUCAUCAAAGCUCGGCCACAGGUUCUGAUUUACGAACUUACAAGAGCAACGGACCAUGCUAAACUAAACAAUGCCUGCGAGAAGCUGGAAACCUUGGCAAAGUACACAGAACGAUUAAACUACAAAGUGCAGCCCAGAGCUAGUAAAGUUCCCAGUCCUCCCACGGGCAACAACUGCAGAAUCAGGGAGGCUGAAAGUGAGGAAAGGCACUCCAGCUUCCUGGACAAGUUAACCUGGGGAUCAUUUGGCAAACUCAUGGCCUUAACAAUCACGUUUGCAAUCUGCUCUGCACUAACCGUGCACAAGUGUAAUGUAGACUACCGUUGGAGCAGUUUAGCAAAUCUGUUUUUCAGCAUCAGAGAUCUCAGCAAGAGACAGAUGCCGGGAUUGUACCUUUUAUAUUUUUGUCGACGGUAAAGUGUCAUUACGCGUGGCAAGUGUGUUCGUGUUCAACUGAGGUACGUUAUGGCUGAAACCGCAUGUGAACCAUGGAAUAUAGUUUAAUUAAGUUUUUAAUACUAAGCAAUGCCUUAAUAGUCUGGGAAAUUGCAAAACAAGCGAUAAAAUCGAAGUUAGAAUUGCAUAUACAUUCUACAUGCUGGUCACUAUUUUCAGUGAAUUUAGAAGGAAUUUCCAUUCCGUACGGUAGUAGUGAUAACUUUCAGUUAGCCGAAAGAAGACUGUUUCUAGCGUAUAUAGAAAGCAACUCUACCUGAGACUGACAACUACCUCAGUUACAAUACCAAGGGGGACAUAUAUUAACCUUUCAAAAUUACCUAUUAAUAUUGUUUUCAUUACUUAUAAACGUAUACAUAUAAUUCUUUCCACUGUACUUUGUAUGUUCUAGUGGAACGCUAAAGCGAAAGUACCUGCAAACCCAAUUAUCAUAGUAGUUAACCAGUCCGAACACCAAGUGAAACGGGCAAGAGACGAAUGCGCCGCGGGUAAAGGUGCUUGAGCUAAGCAACGAUGACAUUUAAGCUUGAAAACUGAUUGGCUGAGAAAACCAAUUUUUGCUCAGAUUGGUUAGAACACGUACAUCAAAUGACUUUCUUGAGCCAAAUGUCAAGGUACUAUUAGAUUCCACAGUCUUCAUGGAUUCGGCUUUACCAUUUUAAUUUGAAACGACUACACUCGCCAACAGGCUUCUUCAAGCCAGAUCGAGUCACAAUCUGAAUAACGAAUUCCACAGAGGAGCAACCUUUCGAAACGGGCAUUUGACAAACUCUGUACGCCUCCACAAAAGCCCGGCCUAAAAAUACAUUGGAGUCAUCUGUCAGUCUAAAGAUAUUGUAGUGCGCAGGCUCGUCAAACUGCCCAUCGCUGAUUGGACAGUGCCACAUGAGAGUGAGGCUCAAGAGGUGUUUCUCGUCUGUGGACUUCCACUGAAUAUCCAGACACCUUAUGUUUCGUACCACGGCUAGCGGUUGCUUGAAAACUUGAGGAUCAAGAAUCUAGAGAAAAGUAAAAUAAAGGAGACUAAGGUCUAGGGCAAACGUCGAAUCUUAGUCG